ACCAGGGAGUGCUCUCUACCUCAUCCUGACACAUCACUCCUCAGGAGAGAACCGCCUUAGACUUCUCCGAGCCAGGGUUUUCCUCCCUUUGCAAGAAGAACACCAGAUACCUUGGAAUUAAGAGAAUGAUCAAGGUGAAGCACAUCUAACCAGUGGGAGUUGGUGCAAUCAGACCCUUCCUUAUGGAUUGUGGGCACACUUCUACCAGUAAACUGUCUGUUUGGUUUGAUUAACAACCUCUGAAUUGCUGUAAGAAUCUGGUGAAUGUUCUUUGGUUGAAGAAUUGUCAGCAAAACCUGAGUGCAAAUUACAAACAGCAGAAUUUUCCAGUUCAAGAAAAAAGGGAAAGAAACAGAUGUAAAUGACCUCUACUUGAGCUCAAUGUUCUUUACAGUGUCUUGGGUGGACUCUAGGAUGCCAGUGCUGCUGGCCAACCUUCUGUUGCUGAUCUCCAUGCAAAGGCUGGCUGUGUCCCACCUCAUGAUGGAUAUGGCUCUGCAUUCCUUUGAUGACCAGUACCUGGGCUGCAGAGAGCAGGUGAUGGAAGAACUGGAGCGAGGAGACUAUUUCCAGAAGGAAAUAGCUGCUAACAAGUACUAUUUGAGUCUCUGGAAGAAGGCUCAGGAAGCUUUAUUAAAAAGCCCUGUAGGUCUCCUGAGGGAGAUGCAUGAGAGCCAUGCCAUAGUCCUCAUGGCUUACACCAUGAACUCUUCCCUGCACUCUCAGCUGAACUGGGCCACUUCUACAGCAGGAAGCUCUCCAGAGUACUACAGACACAACUUCAGUUUCAAAUAUUUUCACUUUUACCUGACGACUGCUAUCCAGAUAAUGAAGCAAUGGCAGAGCAGCAAGGAGAGCAUGGGGAAACGUAAGUGCUACCGGGUGCACAGGGGUGUGAAAGAUUUAUAUAUCGAGGCCAUGGUAGGUAGCAGGGUGCGAUUUGGCCGUUUCACUUCCACCUCCCACCUCUGGAACGAAGCUCGGAAGUUUGGGAAUGAAACUUUGUUCACGGUGACAACUUGCCUGGGAGCAGCUGUGCAAGGCUUUUCUUACUACACAUCCGAGAAGGAAGUCCUCAUUCCCCCUUACGAGAUAUUCCUCGUCAAAAGCUUCUUUCGGACACAGCACGGUAACCGGCUGCAUCUGCAUUCCGUGGGGAACUACAGCAAGUACCAGUGCCAGCUGGUGGCAGCUUCAAGAAGCAAGAACAGCGGUUCCACUGCCCUCGCCUCUGCUGUUCUUCCUAGCAUAGUUGGAGUUUUCCUGUGCUUGGCCCACAACAACUGAUUCUCUGGCUGCAUCUAG